AUGCUGCUACUAUUCCUCCUUGGGGCAGCCACAGGCAGAUGUCUACAUGAUGAGACUCAGAAGUCUGUGAGCCUUCUCAGGCCCCCUUUCUCCCAAAUGGCCCCAGACUUCCGCUCCUCCUACCUCACCCUCCCCAACUCCCUUGAUCCUCAACCCCUCCGAAUCCAAACUUACUAUAUAGGAGAGCCUACAUCUGAUGGAGCUUGGGAUCCUGAGGGGGAUGUAAUGAGAGGGAGACCCCGAGCCCUGACUGCAGUGAGAGAGGCCACUCAGCAAAUCCAGGGUGUCCUAGCAGUCCCUCCAGUGCAAGGACCCCUGCUUCUGAGUCGAGAUCCUACACAGUACUGUCAUGCUGUCUGGGGAGACCCAGAUACCCCAAACUACCACAGGUGCAGCCUCUUGAACCCAGGGUACAAAGGAGAGACUUGCCUGGGAGCAAAGAUACCUGAUGCCCAUCUCUAUGGUUAUACCUUGUGGCCAGAGCAGGGUCCCCCACAACUGGUCCAGCCAGAUGGGCCUGGGGUCCAGAACACUGAUUUUCUCCUAUAUGUGCGGAUUGUCCACACUUCCAGGUGCCACCAAGAGCCCUCUAUCAUAGCCUAUUCGGCCUGCUGCCAGCUGGACUCAGAAGACAGGCCCCUUGCUGGUACCAUUGUCUACUGUGCCCAACAUCUUGUCAGCCCCAGCCUCAGCCAUGGUGACAUUGUCAUGGCCACACUUCAUGAAUUGUUCCAUAUCCUGGGCUUCUCUGGACAGCUCUUCAAGAAGUGGCGGGACUGCCCUUCCGGACUCAACAUUAGAGAGAAUUGUUCUACAAGGCAACAAGUGACAAGGCGAGAUAAGUGGGGACAGCUGCUUCUCACCACCCCAACUGUUAGCCACAGCCUGGCCAAACACUUGGGAGUAGUAGGGGUUUCUCUGGGCGUUCCCCUGGAAGAAGAGGGCCCUUCGUCCUCACACUGGGAGGCCAGACUGCUCCAGGGUUCUAUAAUGGCUGCUACCUUCAGUGGUGCCCAGCGCACUCGACUUGACUCAGUCACUCUUGCUGCCUUCCAAGAUUCAGGCUGGUAUCAGGUCAACCAUAGUGCUGCAGAGGAGCUGUUGUGGGGCAAGGGAUCUGGUCUAGAAUUUGGCUUGGUGACCACAUGUGGGACCAGCUCCUCAGACUUCUUCUGUACUGGCAGUGGGAUGGGCUGCCACUAUCUGCACUUGGACAAGGGAAGCUGCUCCUCAGACCCCACACUGGAAGGCUGCCGCAUGUACAAGCCCCUCGCCAACAGAAGUGAAUGCUGGAAGAAGGAAAAUGGGCUCCCAGCUGGGACAGAGAAUCCCCAUGGGGAGAUCUACCAUUCCCAGAGUCGCUGCUUCCUUGCCAACCUCACCUUACAACGGCUCCCUGGGGAUAAGACUAGCCAUCCCUCUCAGAUCCCAAAUCUCAAGGAAGCAAAGCUCACUGGCCGUUGUUAUUUACAUCAAUGUACCCAAAGAGGUGCAUAUGAGGUGCAAGUAGAGGGAUCACCUUGGGUCUCGUGUCGUCCAGGAAAGGCUAUUCAGAUACCUGGGUACCAUGGUCUUCUCUACUGUCCCCAAGGUCGGCUAUGUCAGGCCAAUGAAGGUAACAACUCUGUUACUUCUCUACCUGUGAAUCUUUCAACCCAAGACGUGCUAUUCAAGCUGUCUUUAGGAUUAGCUGGACCCCCAGGCCACACACUGCAGGAAGAACAGAAAGAAGAGCUGGCUGAAGCAGUACUGCAGGCCCUGGUGAACAGAGGUGGCACUGGCAGGUGCUAUUUCCACAGCCCAUCAAUUACCACUAGUUUGGUGUUCACUGUGCAUAUGUGGAAAUCCCCUGGCUGCCAAGGACCUUCGGUUGCUAUGCUGUACAAGGCCCUCACCCUGACUCUCCAGGAGAAGGCCUUAGAAGUGUAUCAUGGAGAAGCCAGUUUUACCACAGAAUAUAUCAAGUUGCUGGUUACCUGGGACCAUAAUCCUUCCACGACCCAAAUCACUCUGUCUGUGGGACUCUGCCUACUGCUGCUAAUUCUGGUGGGUGCAAUAGGAAUUGUGGCCUAUCAAAAACAAGCAACUCUUCAGGUGGGACCAUCUGCCCUGUAA